AUGUCAUUAGCCAACGUAUACCAUGUACGUCGCGUGGCGGAUACCUCCGCAAAAGCAUGCCUGAUCUGCUAUAAGCCAUCAACGAGCGUAAUGAUCACGCCAGACAACAAGGACUUCUUUUACGUGUGCCCCGCACAUCUGCAAGACCGGCACUUUUGCUCGCCAAUAAUCGACACUGAAGGCCAGGCAGCAUGCGCCAAAGAGGAGGCCAUGGCCAAAGAAAUUGAAAAGGUUAAGAAAGAAUAUGAGGAGAAGCAGCGCCGAAAGAAAGAGCGCGAGAACGAGUCUAAAAGCAAAGAUGAUAAAGACGAGAAAGACAAGAGCAAAGAGAAGUCAAAAGACAAGGAAAAAUCUAAAGUUUCGAAUACGAAUGAUGAAAAAGAGAGGGAUGAGAAGAUCGCUUCUAUUCAGAAGGGCACUGAACCAGAGACGAAGGCAGAUGAUUCACCUCGAAUUUUCGCUUUACACAAGAAUUUCUAUCAGAUGCGCAUUGACCGACUACGCAACAUCGAAAUUGCCAAGCGGAGUCAAGAAAGACUGAAGAGCUCUUCAUUGUUUCCAUCUGUGCCGUCAAGAAAUCCUUAA